AUGGGAAAGAGGUUUUCUAAGAAACCUGAAGAAAUUAUCGAGCCCCCGAGGGAUGACACGCCAAGUACAAGUGGUCAAGCAUCGAGUCAAACGCGUGGAUGCGAUGACGUCAUCAUUAGAGUAGGAGACGCCAUAUCAAAUGAUGACGAUUUAACAAGACUUGGUCUCGCGCUUGGGAUUCAGAAUCCUGAUAUCAACCGUGCAUUACAAACGAAUUGGGCUGGAGAUAGAAAGACCAGUCAUGGUAAUGUGGUGAUGCUUCAGAACUGGGCAGAGACGGUAAAACCACCAAAGCGACUCCCAAUUCUCAGAGCAGCUCUCAAAAGGGCGAGUCUAUUAGAGGUGGAGGAGACAUGUUUCACAAGCAGCACAAGAGGUGACACAAGUGCCAUACUUAAGUUAAAGAAACAACUGAAAAAUAGAUAUCGCAAGAAAUUUGCUAAGGUCAAAACAUCGCCUGUGGACUCCGGGUCACGGACACGGCUUCAGCACAUCUAUGUCAGUCUCGUCCUAAUGUUAGGAUUGGGAGGGGAAAGGGAAGAGCCAAUAGAUUAUGAUGGGUUGUUUCAAGUCAUCAAAACUGAAACAACGACAGGUUUUGUAACACGAUUAGCUUUCAUUGGAGAAGCUGGUGUAGGUAAAUCGACACUCUUUGCUAAGAUAGCUCUUGAUUGGGCCGAGGGUAAAAUUCUUCAAGAAAUCAAUCUGCUGUUUCUUGAAUCAUUUCGAGAGAUCACAGAGAGCAGAUUCUUCGGGGAUACUGUUAUGGGCCAUUUCCCAGACGAAACAGAAAUAAAAGGGGAAGGUGUUGAUGAAUAUAUCAGGGAUAAUCAGAGAAAAGUCCUUAUCUUAUUGGACGGACUAGACGAGGCACAAAUCGACAUCAGAGAGCCUAAUCACAGUGACGCUAUCGUAUCGAUCGUAAGAGGAGAACGAUUCAUUGAUACCCCAGUCGUAAUCACAACCCGUCCUUUUGGAGCUGAUCAGAUCAAGAGCAACAUGACGAUUAAUGACCAUUACACGUUUGGUAAGGUUAAGGGCUUCACGAGGCAAAACAUGUCAACAUAUAUCAAAAACUUUUUCAUAGAUGACUUUCAGUCUGCUUCGACCCUCAUUAAGCUCAUUGAUACAAACCAGGUGUUUUCUGAGUACAUGGCACCCUUCCCGAUAUUCUGCUGUAUGCUAUGUUGCCUGUGGAAAACGCCACUUGGGCGGGAAAAUAUUCAGACAAUGAAAACAUUCUCGCAUUUCUUGAAGCGUCUUGUCUUUUCACUUCAAGAGCAAUACUCUUCCAAACCAAAUAAAGAGGGUUAUGGAAGCCGCAUGAGCAAAGCUAGUGGUAGUAUGAAAGAGAUCGGUCGUAUCGCUUUUGAAGGUCUGUUGGUUAAACAGCUCAUCUUCGAUGAAGAAGCGUUAGGCUCAUGCACGGAGGCUGCCAUGAUUGCAUGCGAGGUCGGGAUUCUUAGCAAGGAAAUAAGGCCAGCACCCUUGCGAAUCAGAGAAAGUCAGCGAAAGCAAUUCCUCCAAGAAUUCUCUUUCCCUCAUAAGCUACUACAGGAGUACAUGGCGAGUUUAUACCUUGCAUCACUGUUCCACAAAGAUCGUCAAGAAUUCAACAGAAUCCUGGCAGAUACCCUUUUAGAAGACUACAAGGAAUUCAGAUAUGUCUUAUACUUCACUGCAGCUCAUGAUUGUGAAGUAGGAAAGUCGGUCCUGGAAGCCCUAUGCAAGAAAGUUGAUGACAUGGAGUUCAUCAUUGAGGUAGCUUUUGAAUGUCAUGAUUCAGAAGCCAUUGAUCCCGUCAGGAAUCUUUUGAACACGAAGGCAGAUCUUACGUUAGAUUAUCAUGGUCCAAUCGGCGCAUAUCUCUUCAUACUGGAGAAAAUGGGGACAGAAGUAGUAAGAACAACGUCCUCUAUUCGAGAAGAAAUGGGCGCUAGACCGUCCUUCGAACAUAACACCUCAUCGUCACACGCAGCAGCAGUAGGUCUCUUCACAUUGCAGAACUUACGAAGGUUGAUCAUUGAAAGCGUGCGUCGGGAUGCUAAAUUCUAUCUAGGAAUUUCUGUUGCAGCUUCACAGUCCAAGAUUGAAGAGCUAACUCACAAGAACGCGGAUCUAGGAUCUGCUGCAUCCUCUCAUUACGCGAGAGGCCUCUGCUCCAUGCCAAAUCUUCGAUCAUUGGGACUGUACAGUGUAAAGCUGAGUGAUGAGUUCUACUCAACGAUGGACUCUGAGGCCUCAACGUCAAAGAUUGAAGAGCUAACGCAUUUACAUUUGCAUUUGCGUUCUGCCACAUCCUCACACUACGCGAGAGGUCUCUGCUUCAUGCCCAAUCUUCGAUCACUGAAGCUGUACGAUGUGAAGCUGAGUGAUGAGUUCUACUCAACGAUGGCCUCUGAGGCGUCAGAAUCAAAGAUCGAGACGUUGAGUAUUGCGGGUGUUUCCAUGAUGACUCCACGAAGACUACACUCCAUCCUCGCGCUACCAUGCCUCCAAUCACUCAGCUUGAGCAAAAUCAGACGAGUUGACACGGACGAUAGAGAGACACUGACUGGUCAAACAACCGCAGUAUAUGAGCUAUCUGUGGAUAGUAAGCAUGUGACCAUCCUGUGGAAUCUUGGACUCAAUACAUCAUGUCCCCGAGUGAAAACCCUCAAACUGAACUGGUCGAGACGGGAGAAUGUCUCAUCAGAUAUCAUUAUGAUGGCAUGCUCUCCGUUCCAUCAUCUAAUUCACCUUCACAUCCAGGGAGACCCGCAUAGUGCCACAUCUACACUAGAUGAUCCCGUGUCAUUUUGCAAGGCGGUGAUAACAUCAUGCCCUCGACUCACCGAGCUGUCCAUUACCAACAUUAGACUAAACAACGAGAAGGUAGCCGAGAUCAUCCAUGAGUUGGAUGAUCAUCCACACCUAUCAAGCAUAAGGUUGGAAGAGUGUGGUACCGACGUGGAUCUGGAUCCACUGAUUUCUGAGGUGAACGGUGAAGGCAAGCUGACUGUCAUCGUAAAGCAUGGCAGGGUUGGAUACGUGUGA